AUCAGGUCCAACCAAAGCUUCCGUAGUUUGGGUCACAUGAGCGGUUUGUUGUGGUCGUGACUGAAAUUUGUCUCUUAAAACGUAAAGCUAGCUUACAUAGUGCUGUUUUACAUCUUGGCCGUUCAUUCGACACCAUUCGGCCCACAAAACGAAGCUUUAGACUCAGAAAUCUUCUCACAAAGACAGCAAACAGGACAACAUCACACCAAGCGGAAGCGUUUCGGGUUUCUGUGUCUGCAUGAAUGACGCGCCUGUAACGUUAGCUUGUUUUUUAUGCUAACAUACACGUUAAACUGUGUUUUUUGGGGGGGUCGUAUUCGGAUAAAUAUGUAAGCUGGCUUUCUUCCGUUGUUCCAGCUCAGGUUAAUCGCUGACAAACGAAGUCAUGCUUCGGUGGUUUCUCGGUGGCCGAGAAGCUCAGGGCUCAGUGGAGAAAUGCCCCGCGUUGUGCAUUGGAGAGGAACAGCCCAAAAACUGGUUCACUGAGCUGCAGGUGCUGAAAGGACAUUUUGACAUUGUUCGAUUUCUGGUGCAGAUUGAUGACUUCAGAUGUGCCUCGGCGGGGGACGAUGGCCUCGUUCUGGUGUGGAACGUUGAGACUGGAGAGAGGCUGCAGGAGCUGAGGGGCCAUUCGCAGCAGAUAACCGCCAUGACCACCUUCACCUGUGAUAAUGGAGUCACGUCACACACCUCACUCAUCACAGCCUCCUCAGACCGAAGUCUCAGUCUGUGGGACCCUGACACGGGCAACAGGGUUCAGACCAUUUCAGAUCUCCAGUCGUCUGUAAAGUGUUUGCUGGUGCUGGAGCGGCUGAGUGUGUGGGUCUCCGGCGGGGAGGAACUUUGUGUGUGGAACGGCGACUUCCAGCUGCAGAGUCACAGGCAGAACCACAGCGACAGCGGAAUCACCGCUUUGAUCGAGCUGCCCAAGAACUGCCUCGCCGCUGCCAUGGAUAAGGAGAUCAUGAUCUACAAGCUGACGGGUUCUACCGAUUCCUCUCUGUCAUUGGCUGAGAUCCGCUGUCUGUCCGACCACCAGGACCAGAUUCGAGCUCUCGUCAACGUCAACGACGGGCUCUUCGCCAGCGGUUCCCAUGCGGGCGAGUUGAUCUUGUGGGAUGCGGUUGAUUGGAACAUCUUGGCCUAUGAACACAUCCUGUGGGAGGAGUCACAAGCCUGCGCUCAGGCUGAAAUCCGAUUGGCUGCUCCCAAACCCAGCGAGAUGUCCAUUCAGCAUCUGAGCACCAAUGGGAGGUACAUCCUGGCGGCUGUGGGCAGCGGCCUGUAUGUGUACAGCGUGCUGACCAAGACGGUGGUCGCCUACAGGAAGGUCGCCCACGACUCCAACGUCCUGCACACCAUGUUGUUAUCUGACAGCGAGCUGAUGUCCUGCUCUGAAGAUGGCAGCGUGAGGAUGUGGGAGAUCCAGGACCUACCUUUAGCUGCUGAACCGGCCUCUCCAGGGUUCUUUGGGAUGUGGACUUUCGGCCGGUCAAACAAACAGACCGCCGGUCCUCCGUCAAAGAAGGUCACAGACGUCCCAAACCUCAGGACGCUGGAGUUGACGGGUGAUCUGAUUGGACACUCGGGAGCCGUCCAGAUGUUUCUGAGCUUUGGGGAGGACGGCUUGGUCACGUGCUCGGCAGACCACCUGCUGAUCCUGUGGAAGAACGGCGAGAGGCAGUCCCGUCUGCGCAGCCUGGCACUUUUCCAGAAACUGGAGGAGAACGGAGGGCUGUGACCUCUGAGACCCCCCACUCGCUGCCUCUUACCGGAGGGAUGUGAUGUUGCUCAUUACUGUAGUGACUGUUGCUUGUAUUUAAUGAUGGUUCUUUGCCUUUUCACUGAAAGCAGUAUUUAAAUUUAAAGACC